GAAGCAGCCAAUCUAGUUGAAGAGAUUACGGCUUGGAGAUGGGAACAGUUCGAAAGCUGGUCACGUGAUUGUCUCAAUCGAUUGAACAGUCAUGGUGGCACAAAUGCAACUGAUUCUCUGGCAUUCGACCCAUCUGGACGGCUGUUAACCUUGUCUGCGGUUGACGGUCACCUUGAAGUCGGAUAUCCCGAUGGGUUAGUUCAACUUCAACGCGAAGUGCGGCUACUCACCGGACUCGGCUAUCCUGUACCGAGUAAACUAGUGGCCGCAGCCGAGCAAGCUCAUUCCCUGCAUCGUUAUGCGGUUGUACUGAAGCAGGUAUGUGUUCCAUAUACCAAUAUUACUGGGCUCCAUGCGUCUGACUCUAGCUUUGAGGGAAUGUCAAUCUCAUCCGCCCAAAUAGACCGUGACGAUCGGAGUUACUGA